AUGGGUAUUGCCAAUAUGGAGGCGAUCAAGCAGUUUCAGUUGUUAAUGGAAGAAGUUGAUGAGCCAUUGAAGAAUACAUUUGAGAAUGUGCACCAGGGAUAUCCAGAUGAGACAUUCAUGCGAUUUCUUAAAGCUAGGGACUUGAAUGUUGGAAAAGCCCAUAAAAUGCUGAUUGACUGUUUACAAUGGAGGAUCCAAAGUGAAAUUGACAAUAUAUUGGCGAAACCAAUCAUCCCUACUGAUUUGUACAGAGCAGUGCGAGAUUCUCAGCUUAUGGGGUUGUCAGGUUACUCAAAAGAGGGUCUUCCUGUCAUUGCUGUUGGUCUGGGGCUCAGCACAUUUGACAAAGCUUCCGUAAAUUACUAUGUCCAAUCACACAUCCAAAUGAAUGAAUACAGAGAUCGUGUUGUUUUGCCUUCCGCAACAAAGAAGUAUGGACAAUAUAUUGGAACAUGUGUGAAGGUUUUGGAUAUGACUGGUUUAAGGCUCUCAGCACUUAACCAGAUAAAGCUUUUGACUGUUAUCUCUACAAUAGAUGACUUAAACUAUCCAGAGAAGACAGAUACAUACUAUGUUGUCAAUGUCCCAUACAUAUUUUCAGCAUGUUGGAAGGUGGUCAAGCCUCUUUUGCAAGAAAGGACAAGGAGGAAAAUCCAGGUUCUUCAAGGCUGUGGGAGAGAUGAGUUACUGAAAAUCAUGGAUUAUGCAUCACUCCCACAUUUUUGUAGAAAAGAGGGCUCUGGGUCAUCUCGGCAUUCGGAGAAUGGACAUACUAACAAUUGUUUCUCCUUCGACCAUCCUUUCCAUCAAGAGCUCUACAAUUUUGUCAAGCAACAAGCUGUCCUUAGAGAGUCUGUUGCACCACUCAAGCAGGGAUCCUUCCAUGUUAAUUUCCCCGAGACAGACCACGAAGGUGCAGAUAUUGCAAAGACCAUAGAAACUGAGUUCCACAAGUUCGGAAAUCAAAAUGGGCUCACCAAGUCACUAAAUGGCCUAAGAGUCAACGGUGCUUGA